AUGAUCACACAGAUGAAAAAGAAAAAGAAACUAGCUAAAGUGUUGAUUCCUGUACUGGUAUUUUUAGUGAUAGUCAACACCAUUUCUAUAGUAAGUCUUUUCUCUGAAGUUGAAUUUUACAAACAAAAGCAGAAUUUGAAUAAUGAAAUGGACCAGAAAUUCACCAAGCAUUCUGUCCAACAUACCAGUGUUUAUACAUCUUAUGAAACAACUGUUCCUACAAACACUUCUGCUUACCCAUUUAGAUUUUACAUAUAUGAACUGCCAAGAAGUUUAAACAAAGACAUUCUUGAAUAUUGUCAUAAUUAUCUCGAUAGAAACUGUUUUAAUUUUUCCUUGUAUGGAAUGGGAAAAGAAAUAGUAUCUAACCAAUAUACCGAUGGAUCUAUAAGUAUAUGUGGUACAAAUCAAUUUAAUUUGGAACCAAUUAUUCACGAAAAACUUAAAAGAAACCCUUUAAGAACAAGAAAUCCAGAGAAAGCUGACAUGUUUUAUGUUCCUGCAUAUAUAGGAUUAUUAUGCAUUUGUCAGAAUGAUAAAGCAUCAAAAAUGGUACAAACAUUGAAAGAUUUUCUGACAAAUAGUUCCUAUUUUUCAACUGGGAAGCCUCAUUUUUCAACAGCUUCAAAAAUUGAAAAAGAAAUGGAAAGCAGUAAUUGCCCGUAUUUGUUUCAGUCUUUUACAAAUAAAAUUACAUAUGUUACCAUUGAAAAGCAAAAAAUGUCAUAUGGACUUAAUACUGUAUGGCCAUAUUCAAUAAUGCAUAAAAACUCGAUUAUAGUAGCACCAUAUCCAUCAUAUGGCCAUUUUCAACAAUCAAAAGAAAUAGAUUUGUCCACAGUGCCGAUUCAUGAUAGAGACGUGUUUAUUUUACUUCCUGCUGGAGAACAUCCAUCAAGUCAUCAAAGAUCGAAAAUUAUGAAACAAUUCGAUAUUAAAACAAAGUUACCAUACAGCAGAUUUAAAAUGUGCCAUGUAAACCGUACAAACACCAUGGUCCUGUUUUAUACAAAAGAGUGUGAUUACAGUAUAAGUAAAUCAUUAUUUUCAUGGAUGCAGCAUUCAGUAUUUUGCCUACAGCCUCCAGGUGAUUCCCCUUCAAGAAAAUCCUUCUACGAUUCUAUCAUCAGUGGAUGCAUUCCGGUCAUUUUAACAGUGGAUGGACACAAUCCGUAUGCAUUUCAGGAGUUUCUCGAUUACUCAACUUUUACUAUUUCAAUUGAUGUGGAUAAAAUUUUAGAAGAGGGUCAUAAUAUUUACAAUCUCUUACAAGAUGUGUCAACUAUUCAAAUUCAGAAAAUGCAUGAAAAAAUUAGAAAGAUAGCUAAAUAUAUGCAGUAUUCCAUUCCUAGUCGUAAAAGAGAAAGAGAAAAUGAUGCACUGCAGCUUAUAUUUCAUAAGUUGGCAAAUAAAUUUAAUCUUCCUUAUGACAAACAAUUACAAGGCAUAAAUUAGCUACAAUGAAAGUGUGUGCUCAAUAUAACUUUUUUUAAUCAUUUACUGUUAAACGUUAUUCAUUGGAAAAACACAUUAUAUUUUUUAUGAACACAAUUAUGAAUCAUUGAAACUGUAGAA